AAUAGACGUUUAAACCGUUGUGAUGUAUAUGGUAUACACCUGCCAGGUAGCUAGCUAGCUUAGCAUAUUGAAGAAUAAAACACUGAACCUAGAGAUGAAGAAAUGUACAGUAGUAAAUCUGGACAAGUUUAUUGAUGAUUUCACUCAUCUGGAACAGAGCGAGAUGGGAUGUUGGGGACAGUGAAGGGACUCCAGCAGACUCUACUGCAGCAGUGUGACCUCAGAGUGGAGAAUGAAAAGUUGAAAAGCACUGUGUCAGACCUGAAAAGGCUGAGUGAUAGGACAGUAGAGGAGCGGGAAGCUGAGAUUCAGAGGCUGGUGGCAGAGAUGAGAGCUGUGGGAGAGAGAUAUCAGAAGGAGUUGGAAUCUCUGAGAGACCAGUGCAGGAGAGGGGUGGAGGACACUCACAGAGAAACACAGAGCAAACUUGAGGCGAAAGAUGCAGAACUGAAAGAGGCCCUGGAGAGGAAGGAGUCAGAUAUGGCAGAGAUGAGAAGGAGAUUGAGGGACCAGGAGAGAGAGAGGCAAAGUGAAAUAUUAAAGUUACAAAUGGAGUUUGGUGCUAAGCUUGCCAGGGUGCAGAGUACCACACAGAGGAUCCAGCAGCAGCCCCAGGGCUCAGGUCUUUUACCUCAGAACAUCUUCAAACGGAAGUUCCAGUUCCUUCAGGAGGAGAAGAACAGAGAGGUCGAGGCCCUGCGCCAGAGAAUCAAGGAAUUGGAGAACCAGCACACCAGCGGAUUCAGUGACUCCCGUCUAAAGAGAAAGAAGAUUUAGCAUAUUUAAAAUAUUCAGGAGUGAAAUUCAUCUACAGUAGUGCCUUUGUAUUCUUUUUGGUAUAGUGUUCCUGGUGUUUGCUCUCAAACAGUAGUUGGGUCAUUCUACGAAAUGAGUGCUUUUUCAUUGUUUAAAUAGAAAUUGUGCACCAAUAUUGAAUUUUAAAAGCCUGUUAUAUUAAUUGAAGUGCCCUUUAAUAUAGACCACAUGGAGAAUUCAAUAAAUCCGAUUUUUUUAUAUGA